AUGAGUUCCUCCCGCAACGAUGCCGGGCAGCCCAACCGCAAGCCCAACCUCCGAGUAACGAUCAUCGCCGCCGAUGGCCUGUACAAGCGAGAUGUUUUCCGAUUCCCGGAUCCCUUCGCCGUCAUCACCGUCAACGGAGACCAGACAAAGACUACGACGGCCCAGAAGCGGACGUUGAACCCAUACUGGAAUGAGAGUUUCGAUCUCCACGUUAACGAAGACACCAUCCUCGCGGUUCAAGUAUUUGAUCAGAAGAAGUUUAAGAAGAAGGACCAAGGUUUCCUCGGUGUCAUUAACGUUAGAAUCGGCGAUGUUAUUGAACUGGCACCAGACGCUGAUGACCAGAUGCUCACGCGAGACCUGAAAAAGUCGACCGACAACCUCGUCGUCCACGGAAAACUAAUCAUAAACCUUUCGACGAACCUUUCCACGCCUGCACGUGCAGGCCAGGCUUCAUCUAGCCGCCCUUCUCUUGCCCCUCCGGCCCAAGGAUCCAACCUUUCGUCACUUUCGGCCCCGGCGGCUGAUGGCAGACCUGGCUCAGCCAUGGGUACUACCAACGGCGGCCCGACGCCCGGCUCCCAAGUGAACCUGCCGCAUCGCCCGGCUAGCAUGACGUCUAGCGGACCUCCGCCUCCUGCGAACGGUGCCCCGACUCCUGCUCGCCAGUCAAGCACUCUCAGUCCCUUUGAAGAUGCGCAAGGACGCUUGCCAGCUGGAUGGGAACGCCGGGAGGAUAACCUUGGUCGCACGUAUUACGUCGAUCACAACACCAGAACCACUAGCUGGAACAGACCUACUGCCACUGGAGCCGUGGAACAGAGGAACGACCGUGAAGCUGCGACCCAAGUGGAGCGCCAGAGACAUCAGAACCGCACCUUGCCCGAGGACCGUACUGGAGCGAACUCCCCGACUCUGCAGGCUCAGCAAGCCGCCACUCAGAAUGCGAACAACGCAACUAUGAUGCACACGGGAGCGACGAGCCCCGGAACUGGCGAGCUACCUCCUGGAUGGGAACAGAGAUGGACUCCUGAGGGACGUCCAUACUUCGUGGAUCACAAUACCCGGACAACUACCUGGGUGGACCCCCGUCGCCAGCAGUACAUCCGUAUGUAUGGUGGCCAGAAUAACCAGAACGGAACCAUCCAGCAACAGCCUGUAUCUCAAUUGGGCCCUCUGCCAAGCGGCUGGGAGAUGCGUUUGACAAACACCGCCAGGGUUUACUUUGUGGACCACAACACGAAGACGACGACAUGGGACGAUCCUCGUCUGCCGUCGUCCCUGGACCAAAAUGUGCCCCAGUACAAGCGCGACUUCAGAAGGAAACUUAUUUAUUUCCGCUCGCAGCCCGCGAUGCGCAUUUUGUCUGGUCAAUGCCACAUCAAAGUGCGCCGAUCUCACAUUUUUGAAGACUCAUUCGCCGAGAUUACUCGGCAAUCCGCUACUGACUUGAAGAAGCGGUUAAUGAUCAAGUUCGAUGGAGAAGAUGGCUUGGAUUAUGGUGGUUUAUCUAGAGAGUUCUUCUUCCUGCUCUCUCAUGAGAUGUUCAACCCCUUCUACUGCCUCUUUGAAUACUCUGCCCACGACAACUACACCCUGCAGAUUAACCCCCACUCCGGAAUCAACCCCGAGCACUUGAACUAUUUCAAGUUCAUCGGCCGUGUGGUGGGUCUGGCCAUCUUCCACCGUCGUUUCCUCGACGCCUUUUUCAUCGGCGCGCUCUACAAGAUGAUCCUCGGCAAGUCGGUCGUGCUCGCCGACAUGGAGGGUGUGGAUGCCGACUUCCACCGCUCGCUUCAGUGGAUGUUGGACAACGAUAUCUCGGGAGGUAUUCUCGAACAGACUUUCUCUACGGAAGACGAGCGCUUCGGUGUCAUGACCGUAGAGGAUCUUAUCCCGAACGGACGUAACAUUGACGUUACGAACGAGAACAAAAAGGAGUAUGUCGACCUGAUGGUGAAGUGGAGAAUUGAGAAGCGUAUUGCGGAGCAGUUCCAGGCUUUCAAGGAUGGCUUCCAUGAGCUCAUUCCUCAGGACCUGAUUAACGUCUUCGAUGAGCGUGAGCUUGAGCUGCUCAUCGGCGGUAUUGCAGAGAUUGACGUCGACGACUGGAAGAAGCACACUGACUACCGUGGAUACACUGAGUCGGAUGAGGUUAUCCAGUUCUUCUGGCAGACUAUUCGGUCGUGGGACGGAGAGCAGAAGUCGCGUCUGCUUCAGUUUGCUACGGGUACUUCGCGAAUUCCAGUCAACGGCUUCAAGGAUCUCCAAGGAAGUGAUGGACCGAGAAGAUUCACUAUUGAAAAGGCAGGCGAGAUUAACAACCUUCCCAAGGCCCACACAUGUUUCAAUCGUCUGGACCUGCCACCUUAUAAGAGCCUCGAAAUGCUGCAGCAGAAGCUUACGAUUGCCGUUGAGGAGACUAUGGGCUUCGGCCAGGAGUAA